AUGUCUACGUUAAACAAAAGGUUCUCUUACAUUAAAACCCAAUGGAGUAAUGAUGGUAUUUUAUACAAAAGUUAUCUUUAUAUUCUAAGACGUUCAAAUAAAAAUAAUACAGAAAAACGGGUAUGUACAAUUCAUUCAUGCUCUUGUUCAAUAACAACAAAAGAUGAUGCUAUUAUCGGAGCUAGUGGUAUUGACAACCACGAGGUACAUUAUCCACAGGACGAAGCUAGAUUACCACCAAAUGUUUAUGACUGUAUUGGAGCCAUUAAUCGACAAAUUGUGGAAGAGCAAACAACACUGGUAGCGCAAGUUUACAAUGAGCAAGUAAAGAAAUUUCGAAGUGAACAUGGUUCAGCUGAUACAAUACCUAUAUUUGGUACGAUUAAAUCUUCGCUUUACACAACACGAGCCAUGAUACAUCCUAAACUGCCCAAAUCAUUGUCUCUAAUAAUACCACCUCACAUGACGCGUACUUCGCUAGAUGAAACCUUCUUAUUUUGUAACAAUCCAGCCUCUUAUUCAGCUUUGGGUUUUUCAUUUUCCAUUACCACCAUCAACCUCCGUUUUAAAAAAUGA